UCGGCAGUCAAGAAGCUGCACAAUGCCCACGGAGCGUUCGCCAGAUGAAUUGGAAACCUGCCGUUGCAGGACGGUCCAAACCCGUUGGAUGCCAUGGACCGAGAAAUUCUGGAGUUUUUUUCCAGCGACAUGGUGGACGGUGAUGGGCUCACUCCCGAAAUUGGUUUGUCGACAACUGCUGAAAUGGUCGAUGUUACCAUUGAGGAUUAGGAUGAUGCUACUGCUAACAUUGGGUUGGACGUAAGUAGCAUAUUACAAAACUAAAAACUAAGCUAUUUAGUGAUCCGUUCCGAAUUCGAGGCAAACGCGGACAGUUUGGACAUCUUCGAAGUGGAGGCACUUGAAGAGGUUGCAAUGGGUCAGGUGCUUGAGGUUGUGCCAAACAAACAGAAGCCCAAAUAGCACACAAACCAAAGCUGUGUGGAAGAGGCGAGCAGUCUCAUUGAAAAUCACCAUGCGCAGCUGAAAGAGAUUUUGGAGAGACAACACAAGGAGCACAUGGGUGUUUUAAAUAGAAUUCACGAUACACUCAGAGCUCUGCUGGAAACCAUGACGGGAGGUAACAAUUUGCGAUAAAAUUUGUAAGUUCCUUAAAUCUCAUAAAUAUUCCUUUUCUUCUAGCGACUGUUGCAUAAGGAGUAGGCACAACAAAAUAUUCAUAUUUUCUAAAUAUUAUAUUCAUUGGUUGGGUCAAGGCUUUGCGUAUGUACACCAAUAGCAGUAGCUGCUUCAAACGGGGUUACAUGGUCGCGCUCCAAUUGUUGUUGCAUUGAAAUCUCUUCCCGGAAGGACAGUAAUAUUCACUACAAUCUACUGUUAUUAUAAUAUAUAUUAUAAAAACAAAGAGUUAAACAUAA